GGGCCGGAUGAGGACUAGAUUUGCAGAGGUGUGGGGAGAGUGUGGAUGCCACAGUGAUCCACUAGACUGACGUCUCUCUGGUAGCGCAGAAGAAGACCGCAACACGGUUAUUUCACAGACUUCAGUGCAACCAGGCAGUCGACAGUCUCUCCCGCAGAGAGGCAUAGAGAAAGAGGAGGAGAAAAACAGAACUUCGGCAACGACAAGCUGUAGCUUUCCAGCAUGUUCAGCCUUCUGAAAUCUCCGUUUAAACACACUCGCCCAGCAACUGUUUGAUUUUGCUGGUGUGCAGGAUUUUUCCCCCCUCUUCGCCCCCUUGGAAAGAUUCGUCUUUUUUCUAUCCUCCUCCGGCUGAUGUAAAAAGAAAAACGAGCCCCUUGAUCUUGGAAUGAUGUGGACCUCACACGAUACUGUUGGAUUUGUUUUCCUAACCGGAUUUUGCGUUCAAUUCGGAUUCUCUUUUGAAGGUCGGUUCACGGACCUGCCCUCCAACAUGACCGUCAAAGAGGGUCAAAACAUAGAAAUGGCGUGCGCGUUCCAAAGCGGAACCGCCUCCGUGUAUUUGGAGAUCCAGUGGUGGUUCGUGAAAGCGCCGGAGCCGAGUGACAGCGAGGAGGACAUCGAUGCUCAAGAGAUGGAGAUGAUACAAGAGCCCGAUCCUGAUGACGAGGGGACGAAAAUAAGUAGUGAGAAGGAAGAGAUAUUUCUUAAAUCAGGAGGUCGGAAAUUCCAGAGUCGUGGAGCAGAGCAGCUGAAUGCCCUGCUCCCCAUCGACGGGGGGAAGGGACGGAGAGUGAAAGGGAAGAAGAAGAUCUGA